AAAAAAAAAAAAAAAAAAAAAGACAUAGAUUUUACAAGUGUAAAAACAGGCAGAAUACCUUUAUCCAAUGGGAAUCAAUCAUCAUUUAAUGUCAUUAAAAUGAGCCAUGUCGGAGAGGCAAUGGCGCAAUUUUUAUCUUUUAUGAAUGGAUAGUUUCACUUCAAUGGCGUGCUAUUAUAAAUCCCAAUUGAUUUUUAUUUUGUCCCUUUGCUUUACUUCUUUCCUAUACUUUAUCUAUGCUUGCUUCAGUCGCACUCGUUGCUUCACUCGUCAAAAGCAAGGCUAUUCCUACUAAUAGUCCUCAUCAAAAGGUAGAUCUGUCUCCAGAUCUUGUCAAGGCAGUAACAGCUGAACUGAUCAAAGAAUCCAGUGACAGUUCAUCUACUGCAGAAAGUCAAUCUACCAUUGUGGAUGAAGAUCAAGCCAUCUUGCUUGAAUCCAGAGUGAAGGAUGCACUUGAAUACAUCUUUUCUACUCAGAAUGCUCGUUUAAUCAACGCAAAUCAUGCUAUUGGUUACGUUGCCUAUGGCCUAUCUGACCUUAUCUUUCUCUAUCCUGGCCUCACUGGUAACGACUAUCUGGGUCAUGAAUUAAAGGAAUAUGGUCAAGUUCGUAAUGCUCAGAACGAAUUGGUCAAGCUUGUUCAAAUGGACACUCGUUUUGGUGCCCUUCAAGCCGUUCAGGGUGCACUUGCUCAAGAUCCUACCAAGCGCCUCACCGUCUUGACCUCCUCUAAUGCUCUUCUCUCUAUGGUCCCCAACUUGCAUGCAUUGGCUGCUCAACAUCAACCUAUCGUUUUCCAUGUCGCUGCUCAAUCUGUUGAUCAAGACUUGGUCGUGAGUCCAAAUGUAGAUGCCGUCUUGGCUUCUGCUCGUAACACAGGUGCCAUCUUACUCUCCUCUUCAAGUGCUCAAGAAGCUCAUGACAUGGCCAUCGCUGCACACCAAAUCGCUUAUUCUGCUCGUUUGCCUGUCAUUCACUUCUUCAAUGGUGUCUCUGCCUCUAAACAGAUCGAAAAGGUCAACUUGACAAGCUAUACCCACCUUGCACAACUUGAAGCCAUCAAGGAUAUCCAAGAUCCUUACCAAGUUGCCAAAAAAGCCCUCGGACAGUACAAGCCCUUUGAAUACGUUGGUGCUUCCGAUGCCGAUACCGUCUUGGUCACCUUGCGUGCAUCUGCCUCUGACUCACUUCAACAUGCUGUUGGCUCCAGCCUUGCCAAGGUUGGUCUCUUGAACGUUCGUCUGUUCCGUCCAUGGUCUGAAUCUGACUUGAUUCAUGCCUUGCCCAAGACCGCACGUCGCUUGGUCAUUUUAGAAGAAGGUGCUGGUCUGUAUGCCUUCAAUGGUCCUCUCUAUCAAGACGUCGCUGCCUCUAUCCGAUUUGGUCCUCUUGCUCAUGACCAACGUCCACGUUUAGUGAGUGCUCAAGCUGCUACCUUUGACCACCUUCAGGCUGCCCACAUGGUUCCUCUCGUCAAGGCUGCCGAACAUGAGACCUUUAUUAACCUUGCCGCCGAACCAUAUGUUCAAUCCGAUGAAGACAUCAUCCUUGAUGGUGCCUGGAGCGCUGUCUUUUGGGAUCUCGAACAAGACGGCUCUGUACCUGCUGCUGCUGCUCAUCUCUCUAGCCAUGGUCAUGUCAAGGCUCGUACGACCCGUGACGGAUACCACGUGGGCGGUCCUGUGGUCCACACGCAUGUCCAAGCCGGUCCUGCCAGCAAGCAUCAGUAUGUGGCUAUACACAACGUCUCUCUUGUCAAGGAAUACGACACACUUGCCAACGCUGCCAAGAACCCUACCGUUGUCCUCCAUGGUCCCUGGAAGCAUGGUGAUGAGCUCGAGCCUGUUUUGACAAACGAAUUCAAGCUUAAGUUGACUGAGCUCAAUGCUAAACUGUAUACCAUUGACGCUGCUCGUAUCGCUCAAGACCUUGGUCUCAGCGUCAAGUCUACACACCUCGUCUGGGAAGCCGUCUAUUUGAUUCUUCAUCAAAAGGCCAAGAACCCCGUGGAACAACUCACUCGUGUCUACAAGGAGCCUGGUGAAAAGAAGGUGGCUCUUGUCGCUCUCUUGAACGAUCUGGUGAAUGCCGUCACUAACGAAUUGGCCGCGGUUGAACUCUUGCCUCCCUGGACGAUUCUCGAAAUCAACGAUACGGUUCUGCCCAGUGUCCCAUUGAACCGUUUGGUGGUUGAAUCUGUGGAACAGCAAGACUUGAGUGGAGGUGAAGAAGAGCAGGAGGGUGAAGGUGCCGAAAGUGGCAAAUGGCACAAGGCUGCAUGGCAAUUGAUGUUUAAUGAAGCUUACAAGACUGAACAGGCUAUCCGUCCCGACUUGCAUGAGAAGACCUAUGUGAUCAAGGUGAUGGUCAACAAGCGAUUGACGCCCACAAGCUACGAUCGUAAUGUUUUCCAUCUCGAAUUCGACACGACGGGUUCCAACUUGCGCUACGAACUGGGCGAUGCUCUUGGUGUCCAUGGUCAUAACGACUAUCAAGACGUUCAAGCCUUCUUGGACUGGUAUGGUCUCGACGGAAACGACGUGAUCUCGAUCAAGCAUCCCGAGAGCGGAAACCAAGAAUCACGCACCAUCUUCCAACUGUUUGCUCAGACCUUGGAUAUCUUUGGUCGUCCCUCCAAGAAGUUCUAUGAAUCCUUGGCUUCCUUUGCGACGGAUCCUGCUGAACGUGAACAGCUUCUGUACCUGGUCUCACCCGAAGGUAAAGAAGACUUUAAGCAGCGUGUAGAUGAUACGACAACCUAUGAAGACUUGCUCCGUGAGUUCAGUUCGGCCAAGCCUUCAGUGGAGGAUCUUGUCCGAUUAGUUGCACCUAUCAAGCCUCGUCAUUACUCGAUUGCCUCUUCUCAAAAGAUGUACAACAAUGCCGUUCACUUACUUGUUGUUGCUGUUGAUUGGGAAACCAAGAAUGGCAAGAAACGCUAUGGUCAAUGUACUCGCUAUUUGUCAAACUUGGCUGUUGGUGAUCAAGUAACUGUGUCCAUCAAGCCCUCAGUGAUGAAACUGCCUCCUCUUGACAGUCAGCCUGUGAUCAUGGCUGGUCUUGGUACUGGUAUGGCUCCCUUCCGUGCUUUCAUUCAAGAACGUUAUUUGGCCAAGGCAGCUGGUAAGAAGAUUGGCCCUGUCGUCCUCUACUUUGGUUCUCGUCAUCGAUCCAUGGAAUACCUCUAUGGUGAAGAACUCGAAGCUUAUCAUGCAGAUGGUACUCUUUCUCAUAUGGGACUUGCCUUCUCUCGUGAUCAAAAGGAAAAGAUUUAUAUCCAACACAAGAUGAAGGAAGAUGCAAACAUGUUGGCUGAUUAUCUAUUGAAUCAACAGGGCCAUUUCUACCUCUGUGGUCCUACUUGGCCUGUACCUGAUGUAAAGGAUGCGGUUGUUCAUGGUCUUGUCAAGUUUGGUGGUGUUGAUGCAGCCAAGGCUUCAGCUCUUAUUGAAGAAUGGAAAGAAAAGGAAACUUAUAUUCUCGAAGUGUAUUAAACAAAGGAAUACCAUUUAUUUAGAAUCAAUAAAAUAAUGUACAUUUAUUCUCUCUUUUUUAAGUAAUAUACAUCAACCAUUGAUUUGGG